GUUAACUUUCGCUGUUAAAGCCAUUUUCGCGCUUGAAGUCGCCAUAUCGCAGUCUGGUCGAGACCAUACAACUCACCCUGGCCAGAGCCAAUCGACUAAUCAUUCUCCGCGGCGUUCAACAACGCCCCCUCCGGUCACGAACACCACGAAAUUUCUUCAAAACCCGGAGUUUAUUCAAGGUUUAACCUCUUUGAUAGCUCGAGCUAUGCCCAGGAACUCGAAUACGAUACCAUUAUCAAUGCCGUUAACUACCAAUCCAACAGAACAUCCAAAUCAUACUCGUCAUGACCUCGAAACGCAUGCGGCGACAUCCCAUGCUAUGUCACAACCUCACCAUACUUCUCCACGUCGAGAAGAGUUAACUCGUAUAACUGCUAACCCAAUAAUGAACAAUCAAGCCCCGGAGGAGCCCCCUGUACAGGAAAUGACUGCUGAAAGUCACUCUGCUCAUCAUCAACGAAUUCCGUCACGUCCUAGACUUACUUCACCAAUGCCUCAUGGUCGUGAAGAUUUGCGGCGCCAGAUUGAACGGAAUCGUAUUUCAAGACAUAGUGCGGAAGAAAUUGAAACUUUUCGUAAACGCUUGGCUGAACUCGAGACCCGACAGAAGUCGCAGGAAGACUCUCCCCGACAUGUCUCGACAUCGGGAAAUGUCAUUAUUGAAGCUGAUUCACCUUUAGCUCCGGAAAUUACCGCGGAGGCACUCCCAGCUAAAGUAAAAAUCCCACAAAUUGGCAUGUAUGAUGGGACAUCGGAUUCGGAUGCACACUUGGGCCAUUAUACGUCUUGGAUGGACUUGCAUGGUGCCUCAGAUGCUUUAAGAUGUCGGAUGUUUUCGCUUACACUGGGGCCACGAGCACAAAAGUGGUACUAUACUCUCCCACCUCAUUCAAUUUGGAAAACUGAUCAGUUCGCUUCCGAUACCGACAUGCUUCGGGCAGAUACCGACAUUCCUCUUGCAGAUACCGAUGUCCCUAUGACGUCGGUUUUGUCUGAAACAUUAACUGAAGCUCUUGAUCAAGAGCAACCUUUUCAUGAGAAAGACAUAGGAAUACACGAAGAUAUGGAUCCACGAAUGCAGUUUAAAGAUGGGAGUCAUCAUGUCCGGGCGGAACCAGUUGAAGAUGUCGAAACUAUUUACGUGGAUGGAUUGACUCAGGAAAAAUCAUUGCACAUUGGAGCUAACCUUCAAGAACCCACGCGGUCGAGCUUAAUUCAGUUUCUUCAGUCAAACUCCGAUGUGCUCGCUUGGAAGCAUGAAGACAUGAAAGGAAUUGACCCGCAGAAAGCGUGUCAUCGCUUGAAUUUGGACAAGACUGUCAAGCCUGUCAUACAGAAACGUCGGAAAUUCGGCCCAGAUCGCCAGAAGGCCCUUGAAGAGGAAGUAAACAAGCUUAUAGACAAUAAGUUCGUUAAAGAAGCCAAAUACCCGACGUGGAUAUCGAAUCCUGUCUUGGUUAAGAAAGCCACCGGCCUUUGGCGUCUGUGCAUAGAUUUCUCAGAUUUGAACCAAGCAUGCCCGAAAGAUAGCUAUCCAAUUCCACACAUUGAUUACAUGGUAGAUGCUACAUCGGGACAUCAACUCAUGAGUUUUUUAGAUGCUUAUUCCGGGUACAAUCAAAUUCCCAUGCACCCUGAUGAUGCUGAACAUACGUCGUUCUACUCAGCCCGAGGUCUUUAUUGCUAUGUCAUGAUGACUUUCGGAUUGAAGAAUGCUGGGGCCACAUACCAAAGAUUGGUCAAUAAAAUGUUUGCUCGUUUGAUCGGUCACACAAUGGAAGUUUACGUGGACGACAUGCUAGUGAAAUCGGAACAGGCCUCUGAUCACAUCGCCCAUCUUUCUGAGGUCUUUGACAUUCUUCGAGAGUAUUCCACGGUCCUUAAUCUUAAGAUGUGCACUUUUGGAGUUGGAUCAGGGAAAUUUUUAGGAUACAUGGUGAGUCAGAGAGGGAUCGAAGCCAAUCCUGCCAAGAUUCAAGCCAUACUUGAAUUGGCUCCCCCGACAUCUAUUAAGGGUGUCCAAGCUUUAACCGGCCGACUGGCAGCCCUAAACCGAUUCAUUUCGAAGUCGACGGAUCAUUGUAAGCCGUUCUUUGACGCUAUCAAGAAGAAGAAGCCGUUCGAAUGGACCGUAGAAUGUCAGAAUGCUUUGGACAACAUCAAAGAAGUUCUUUCAAGGUUACCGACGUUGCAGAAACCUCUUCCUGAUGAACCUUUGUAUUUGUACCUGGGUGUAAGUGACGUUGUUGUUAGUGCUGUUCUUAUACGACAAGAUGGGCUUCAACAGUCUCCGAUAUAUUACGUUAGCAAGGCCUUACAUGACGCUGAAUUGCGAUAUCCAUAUAUGGAGAAGUUAGCAUUUGCUCUGAUCAUCGCUGCACGGAAGCUGCGUCCAUAUUUUCUGGAACAUUCAAUUAUCGUGUUUACAACAUACCCUCUCCGACAAGUCCUUCACCGACCUGACACGUCGGGAAGAAUGAUUAAGUGGGCGAUAGAACUGGGACAGUUUGAUAUUCAGUACCGACCACGAACUGCUAUCAAAGCUCAA